AUGCGGUCUUCAAGCGCCCGCCAGGCCGGCUUCGUCUGUCGCUCCUGCGCAACCGUCAUCACCCGCUCGACGCAGCCCCUAGCCACUCGCUUGGUCGCCAUAUCGACUCUCCAACGCAACAGCACCCUCACAUGGAAGCAAACUUCGCGGCGGUUCAAUUCUACAGUAGCAGCGUCCGCCAACGAUGACAAGGUGACCGCGGCAGCGCGCAAGACCGGCGCAGCGGCUCCUGCGGCCAUUCCCAACAUGGAUCCUCUACAAAUUGCCACUGUUGCCGAGACGACACGCAACGACUUGCUGUCUGCAGAGGGCAUCCCUUCGAAAAAGGAAACUCUUGAAGCCCUUGGAGCGUGUCUGCACGCCGCUGCUAGCCUCCACCCGCAACUGAAGCGAGCCGUCGUCCAAUCCAAGGUAUCCGCAUCACGACUUGCGUCUCUCGGCGCGGAGCGAACGGGAACACAGCUACCAAUUGAUGCUCGCAUUACCGAGGCUAUUAGCCGCAUAUCGCAUGCAGCAUACACCAUCAUUGCUAGCCCCAAUGUCGAAAUGACACCUGAGGUCCUCGAGGUCUACGUUCAGACACAAGCACAGCUCGGCCGGCCCGAAUCGCUCCCCUCCGUUCUCUCACUUUACGCUACGAAGCCUAAACCGGUUCUAAAAAACGGGAAGAUUGAAUAUGUAGCCACGAACCCCAACGCGGCCUCGCGCGCCAUUGAAGUCCCUGUCGCUGACAUGGCCCUUCAAACUGCCAUCGAGACCAAGAGCUUGGACUCUGCGCUGGGUAUUAUCGAGGCUAGCUACUGUGUACCUGCCUUUAAGCGCCAAAAGCUCAUCAAGCAUGGUACAGCGCCGGCAAUUGGUCUUGCUACCCUGCCCUUUGGCAUUCUCGGUCUCUCUACCGCCUAUGCAGCCUACUGGCAGAACACCAUGGAUCUGUCUACAGCUACUGCUAUUGGCUUUACCGGUAUCUCUGGAUACUUCCUCGUGGUUGGAUCUCUAGGUGUCAUUGCCAAGUUCAGUAACAAGGAUCAGAUGAAGCGUGUCACGUGGAUGCCUGGUACGCCGCUGCGAUACCGCUGGAUGCGCGAAGAGGAGCGUAAAGCCCUCGACAAGGUGGCCUGUGCUUGGGGUUUCAAGGAGCCUUGGCGACACGGUGAGGAGAUGGGCGCGGACUGGGAGGGCCUGCGAGAGUAUAUGGGCUAUAGACAAAUGCUGCUGGAUCGUGUCGAGUUCAUGGAGGGUAUGGGCUAA